GAACCGAUGUUCGAACCCGGGACAUUCUUGUUGUGAGCCGUCAGUACUAACCACUGAUCCAUCCAAUGCAGGGAUUUGCUACAUUUUCUUUUUUUCAACUCUAACAAGUUCUGUGAGUUCUGGAUUAUUUUAUUCAAAGUGAGAAUCUUUGAAUGUACGGAAUCUGUUCUUUAGCUUCAGUGAGUCUAACGUGUUUCCUUUGUGGCUGGUUUUUUUUACGUGCUGCUUUGUAGAGCCAUGUUGACUUUUGGCCAGUGUUCUGUGUUCCCCACCGGUGUCUGCAGGCUUUUAACCUACUUUCUGAAAAACAAACAGCAACAGAAACAAAUCCAGUUCCAGCCGGGCCGAGCCCUCAGAGGCCGUCGGUGCUGCUCGCUCCUCUCAUGUGUCCUCUAUUUACUCUGCCUUCUGUAAAUACCUGGCAGUAAUGUAAUAAUGUAAAGUUCAGAGGGGAGUUUGGGUACUCUGUGCAGUAGUCAGCAGGUUUUGAUUCCUCUUGAUGUUGCAGGAACCAGAAAUGACUGCCUACGGAUCCAUUUAGCAGGAGGCUGUCGACGAUUUCUAAUGGAAGUUUGGGACACGAGGCUGUUUCAGGGAGGACGCAGAGUUCGUGUUUGUUCAGAGACAUUUCAUCUGGAUCUCCUGGCCGACGUCCUGCAGAGCAAACAGUGACUUCCAGCUAAUAAGCUGCCAUGAGUUUGAGCUCGUUCGACAUCGAUGCGCCGCGAUGGGACCAGUCGACGUUCAUGGGGCGACUGAAACACUUCUUCAACAUAACCGACUGCAGAACGGCGCUGCUGUCUGACGCCCGGCUCGAUGAAGCCAAAGCUUUGGUAGAAAGCUGCAGGGCGGGAUCCGUCCCUCCAGGUACCACAGUGGAGCAGCUCCACUACGCCAAGAAGCUGUACGACUCGGCCUUCCACCCGGACACGGGGGACCGGAUGAACAUCAUYGGCCGCAUGUCGUUCCAGGUUCCCGGGGGCAUGGCCAUCACGGGCUUCAUGCUGCAGUUCUACAGGACAGUUCCUGCGGUGGUGUUCUGGCAGUGGGUCAAUCAGUCCUUCAACGCUCUGGUGAACUACACCAACAGAAACGCAGCRUCCCCCAUCACCCCCAAGCAGAUCGGUGUCGCUUAUGUUACAGCAACCAGCACAGCGUUGGCAACAGCGGUGGGACUCAACCUUUACACAAAGAGAGCGCCUCCUCUUGUGGCUCGCUGGGUCCCGUUUGCAGCCGUGGCAGCAGCCAACUGUGUGAACAUUCCCAUGAUGAGGCAGCAGGAAAUUCUGAACGGCAUCGCUGUCACCGAUGAAAAUGGCAACAAACUGGGUCACUCUAAGAAAGCAGCAAUAAAAGGCAUUACUCAGGUGGUCAUCUCACGGAUCACCAUGGCUGCCCCAGGAAUGAUCAUCCUCCCCAUCAUCAUGCAGAGGCUGGAAAAAUACAGAUUCAUGCAGAGAAUCACGUUCCUGCACGGACCGAUUCAGGUCAUGCUGGUGGGAGUGUUUUUGGUCUUCAUGGUGCCUGCUGCCUGCUCCCUGUUCCCUCAGAGAUGCUCCAUGGCGGUGUCAAAGCUGGAGCCUGAGCUGAGGGACUCCAUUGUGUCUCAGUAUGGAGGCAGAGUGCAACACGUUUACUUCAACAAAGGCCUCUGAGUCCAGAACGAACUGCUUAGUGUUUUCCAAACAACGCCAGACAAUUAUGCAUACACAUAAGAUGCCAUUUUUAAUUAUUAGUCACAAAGAAAUGCUUGAUUUCUUACAUUUUACUUCAGAAUCUCUGCUGGUGGUUUUUAAGCUUUGGGACUUUCAAUCUUUUUUUUUUUCUUAUUGUUUUGAGCAGGUCAUGUGUCUGGAUCACUCUGUACUUCUGUUCUGAAACCAAAUGAUCUCGUCUCAGGAACACCAUGUUAGUUUGCCAGAUGAAAUCUCUGUUACGUUGUUUACGUUUCUCUAAAUGUAACUCUCUCUGAAAACAAGGCUUCACCCUGCUGAUCCUCCUCUCAGUCUGUGCCUUUUUCAAAAAUUGCAGGUGCAACUCUGCUGGACUUGGAUUCUUUAUUUUAUUCUAUUUUUUGUUCUUAAACCAAUAACUGCUUCACUGUGGAAAGAACAUUUCUCUGAACAAGUGGAGUCCUAAACUAUCAGUCAUUGGGGUGGAGGCUACUGCCCUCUUCUGCCUGUCAGGAGGAAGAUUUGGUGAUUGAUGUGAAAUGGUUGCUUUAUUAAAAAUAAAGUUAUCAUUUCACACUGGA